AGACAAGAAAACAGCUUCCAAAGAAUGCUAGUAUUUUAUUGGAAAGUUGUUCUAUAAAUCAUAUUUGUAAUUAUACUAUAGUGUUGAAAAUCUUCCUGCCUAGAAUCAUUAUAGUCAAUAACCUUCUGAUUCUCAAGCUCUCACUGCCAUGGAAACACCUCAAACUGGUCUUUCUCUUCCCAAGUACCUGCAAGAAGAGGAACUCACUGAAGAAUGCAAGGAGUUAAUAUCGUCACUGCCCACCGAAAAAGGUUGGAUUGGACCUCCUCUCUAUCAAUUUCAAGGUUUCUGGCACUCAAGCAAGAUUUUGUCCACGAUUCUCACUUGCCAAAAGAACUUUCAAGCUCAAGAUAGUGACAUCUUCCUUACCACUACUCCCAAGUCCGGCACGACUUGGUUGAAGGCGAUCGUGUUUGCCUUGGUGAACCGAAGGAAAUAUCCUGACCCUAUAAAUCACCCUUUGGUUACGAACAAUCCUCAUGCUCUUGUCCGCUAUUUGGAGCUUGAGCCACGCAUCGAUUACCAGGCCUAUGAUACCUCCACCACUAUCGCUUCUCCGAGGCUGAUUGCAACUCAUUUACCGUUUGUGUCACUGCCAGAGUCUGUGAAGAACUCAGCUUGCAAGCUCGUGUAUCUGUGUCGGAACCCCAAGGAUAAUUUUGUGUCCUUUUGGCAGUUCGCAAACGCGGUAAUACCUAAGGAAAUGGGCACCAAUUCACUUGAAGAGACCUUGGACAAGUUCUGCAGAGGAGGGAAUAUUUACGGACCCUUUUGGGACCAUGUUUUAGGCUAUUGGAAAGAGAGCCUGGAAAACCCUCAAAAGUUACUGUUCUUGAAGUAUGAGGAAAUGAAAGAGCAUCCCGAAAUCCAUUUAAGGAGAAUCGCUGAGUUCAUAGGGUGCCCACUUUCCCUGGAAGAAGAAAGCAAAGGUGUGGUGGAUGAUAUACUGAAAUUGUGUAGUUUCGAUACUCUAAGCAAUUUAGAAGUGAAUAAAAGUGGGAAACUAUCGUCCGGACAUGACACCAGUGUAUUUUUCCGGCGUGGUGAGGUUGGAGAUUGGAAGAAUCAUCUCACGCCGGAGAUGAUACGGAAAUUAGAUCAGAUUACAGAAGAGAAGUGGCGUGGUUCAGGAUUGUCAUUUUAGGCUAGCUAUCUAUUAUAAUCUGCCUUUUCUUUGUUCAUGCCUGGUAUCCGUCUCUAUCCCAUUGUCAUCAUCUCGCAAAAAUGGCAUGAAUUAUUAAAUCAAUUUUAAAUAAAA